CGACUCUCUUCGACAUUCACUAUUCAACAUUUGAUAACCCCCUCCGAUACAGUCCACAACUUCCACUCACUGCAGGUGUUGGAAGCAGAUCAACAUGUCUCAGAGUCUCUUUUUUUCGCCGCUGCUGCGCAGCGUCGCCAAUGCGCUGCCCUCGGCCUGCCGCUGGAGUUCGAGUUCGACCGCAGCCAUGAGCGCCUUCACCUCCCAGCGUGCCACCUCCUCUCACAACCAGACCCCCCGAGCUCCAAUUCGUCGCCGGCUGCCGAACCGCCUGCGAUUCCUCGAGGAACAGAAAGCUCAGGGUGAAAGCCGAGCCCUGGAGAAGUUCCAGACCCGCGACUGGAAGGCCGGUGAUAUCUAUGCUCCUCACGAUCUUAGCCCGGCCGAGAUGAAGAAAUGGGGCAAGCGCAAGAGCCCUUCGCGCGACGCCUUUGACGCUCUGAACCUGAACCCAAUGGACCUUUACAAGAACUUCUCGAUCAUGUCCGAGUAUGUCUCCCCUCUCGGUCGCAUCAAACACCGUGAACAAACUGGUCUGCGACCCGUCAACCAGCGCAAGAUUGCCAAGGCCAUUCGUCGGGCCAUGGGCCUCGGUCUAAUGCCCUCCGUCCACCGACACCCGGAGAUUCUUGCGGCAGAGAUGAAGGCCAAGAUGGACGGUGGUUUCCGGUAGAUGGAGUGUUCUGUUUUUCUAUGGUAUGAUCCUUGGGAGAUCUGUUAUGGCAUUCUUGUACAGACUAGCGGCUCAUUGGAUGGGCGCAUCUUCUUGUAUUAUUACUCUCAGCGCAAAAUUGAUUCUUUUUGACCAACAUGAC